AUGCCUGAACCAGCUAAGACCGCGCCCAAGAAGGGAUCUAAGAAAGCCGUGACCAAGACGGCGAGUAAAGGCGGCAAGAAGCGCAGAAAGACCAGGAAGGAGAGUUACGCCAUCUACGUGUACAAAGUCCUGAAGCAGGUGCACCCUGAUACCGGCAUCUCCUCUAAGGCCAUGGGCAUCAUGAACUCGUUCGUCAACGACAUUUUUGAGCGCAUCGCCGGUGAGUCUUCUCGUCUGGCUCACUACAACAAGCGCUCCACCAUCACCUCUAGGGAGAUCCAGACUGCCGUGCGUCUGUUGCUUCCCGGAGAGUUGGCCAAGCACGCCGUGUCUGAGGGCACAAAGGCCGUCACCAAGUACACCAGCUCCAAGCAAUGACUGCCUGAAGUCUGGAGCCCAUGGACAUCACCAGAGACUGGGUUUCCUCCUUUCUGAUGCUUUGCCAGGCCUUAAAUGCAGCUGUCUUCAGUUAAUGUUUGUUCCUAAGUCUU